GACGCUGCAGUUUAUGUGUGCAAUAAGCCAUCCUCCGUCCCCGUACACCCAGCCGGCCCAUUUUUAUCGAAUUCCUUGACGAUAAUGGUAGAGGCUCAAGUUGGGCUUCAAUGCGGCUCGCUAAAGCCUGUACACCGAACCGAUCGAGUGACAAGCGGGUUGACUCUUUGCUGUAAAAGCUCUGCUGUUGCUCGUAUAUUUCAUAGGUGUCUUUCCGAAGGAACCGUCGACAAACUCUACGUUGCGAGGGUACAUGGAAAAUUUCCAUCAACAAAUAGUGAAAUGCACUUAGAUGCAGCGGUACAUACGCUGGAUCCCGCCAACGGAGUGCGAAUUGUGGACUCCGCUGGGAAACCUUCAAAGAGCGUGUUCAAGCUAGUGGACUUUAAUCAGGCAGAAAAUGUCUCGGUCAUUGCUUGCCAGCCUAUCACUGGGAGAAAUCAUCAACUAAGGGUUCAUUUGCAGAUGCUUGGAUAUCCGAUUGUCAACGAUACUCAGUAUGGU